AUGGACCAGAUCAAGCCUCCAAAGAACUUUACACUGUCCCGAGAGAGCAUGAACGCUGCUCUGGACACCCUCCUGGCUGGGCGAUCCGUGGGAGAAACGGCUCAGAGGGUGGCAGAAUUUAUUUCCUCCAGGUCACAACGGGCUCCUGCUGAGGGGGCGAAGAAGGCAUCGAAGGUUACAGUCAAGCCGGUCGGAGGCACCAAGCUGGUGAGGACGAACCCCAUUCUUCCUUCUAAGGAGGUUCCUGAGGGGAGAUUGGAGACCUCCACAACUGAGGAAAGGGUUCCCGGGGUGGAGAUUAUCCCGGCUGAUGAUAGGGCUCCCGAGGGCGAGGCGGAGGUCGUCCCUGUGGAUGAGGGUGCUCAAGGAGUUGCUACUGAGGGCACUCCUGUCAUCGAGAGCACCCUUAUGGAGCGGGCUGAGUCUGAGCCCGUAGAUGAGGUCCUUCCUCAGGAGAAGUCAUCGAUUACCCCCGAGGGCAUUACAAAGGGGGUUGGGAGCAAGCGUCCUCCUCCCUCUGAUGCUCAUGUCCCAGUUCCUAAGAAAUCCCGGGCCUCCAGACGUACUGCCCCAGCUCUGCCUCCGCUCGAGAAGAAGAAGACUCCGAUGGUGCCUCUGUUGUCUGCCCCAGAUAACGAUAUUUUGAAUGCAGAGAACAUUACCCAUCAGUCCCUGGCAAUGGGCGUUUUCAUGGAGAUAGAUGCCCGGGAUCGCGCUCUCAGGGACUCCGUGGACCGCCGUAUCGAGGAGGCGCGUCUCGAGGAGAACUUGUCGGCGACUAGCGAUGCCCGGAGCAAUCUUGUAGCUGCACAAGAGCACUCCAAGUCCCUCCAGGUGGAGCUAUCUACUGCGUUGGAGGCCCUCAGGAGGGCUGAUGGGAGGGCAGCUACAGCUGAGAUUAGUCGAGAUGAAGCAUUGAAGCAGCUGUCCUCCCUAGAGGAGGUCCGGAAGGAGAGGGAUGAGGCCACGAGCCAGAAGGAGGGGGUCCAGCAUCAAUGCGAGGCCUUAAAGGCAGAUUUGGAGGUAGCCCAGGCUCGUUGUGAGGUUGUAGCGGCCCAAAGGGACGAAUCCCUAGCUCGGACAGUAGUUCUCGAGCAAGAGCUAGCCAAGCGUGCUGAUAGCUUUAAAGACCUGACUUUGGAAGUUGAGGCAUCCAAACUUCAAAAUCAGUACCUCAGCCAAGAAGUCGAGGCUCUGAAGAAGAGGUGUGCAGCCCUGCUCGAGGACGCUAAACUUGCUGAAGACAGGGUCCAGCUGGAGUGCGAGGAGCGCUUAAGGGAGUAUAGGGAGUCAGCCGAGCUGAAGGGAGAGAUUGAACAGGCCUGUGAAGCUCAUCUCCAGAGUUAUAAGGACUCUUCUGAGCUGAAGGCUAAGAUAGCUGAGGCCUGCGAGGAGCGACUUGCGUAA